AUGGCACUGCUCAAUCACAUAUUACCGUCUUCUGAAGGGACAGGGACGGGCAUCAAUGGACUGUCCUUCACAGGCCUCGUUGUCCUCCUUGUCCUAGGUUUUUCCGGAUACUAUUCAGUCACCACCUACACUACAUGGCGGCGUCUGCGACACAUAACGGGCCCGCGGUCUGCUGGGUUCAGCAAGUGGUGGAUGUUGCGUAACACUCUUGGUGGAAAUAUGCACCUAGCCCUCAAAUCGGCUUGCGAGACAUAUGGUCAUCUCGCUCGGAUCGGUCCAAACACUCUCGUGACGGAUGAUCCUGAGGUCAUCAAGCGCCAGUGGGCCGUCCGUUCCAAAUACACGAAAUCCGACUGGUAUGACGCCGUCCGGUUCGACCCCAGUCGCGACAACAUCAUCUCUAUGCGAGAUGACGGGCAGCACAAUGCGCUGCGAGCGAAAAUGGCUGCAGGUUAUGCCGGGAAAGAAAAUGAAGGUCUCGAGCGCGGCAUCGACAAGGGCAUCACAGCCUUCAUUGACAUGAUUGAGACUAGAUAUGUCUCGGAGGGGGCAAUCUAUCGGCCCAUGGACCUCGCCCGGAAAAGCCAGUACCUUACCCUGGAUAUCAUUGGCGAUUUGGCCUUUGGUAGGAAUUUCGGCCAUCUGACAGAGGACAAAGACGUCUUUGAGUACAUCGACCAGACCGAGGCCAGCAUGCCGGUGAUGAUGCUGGUGGGCGUCUUUCCCGUGCUGGCAAGGCUAGCGCAGUCGAGGUUUCUACGACGUUUCAUGCCCUCAGAGAAUGAUCCACACGGCUUUGGCAAAUUCAUCGGGGUGGCCAAGCAGGUAGUAUCCGAGAGACUCGCGUCCAAGGGCCCCGAGCGCAAGGACAUGCUCGCGUCGUUUCUGCACCACGGCCUGACGCGGGAGGAGGCUGAGGGCGAGGCGCUGGUGAACAUCAUCGCGGGCUCUGACACGACGGCGACGGCGAUUCGCACGACAAUGCUCUACCUGAUGAGCUCGCCGCAGGUUUAUCGCCGGCUAGCGCACGAGGUACGAACAGCCGCUGCGCAGGGACGUCUGUCGAGCCCGAUCACAGACGAGGAGGCGCGAAAGCUGCCGUACCUGCAGGCGGUGAUCAAGGAGGGCCUGCGUGUGUUCCCGCCGGUGACGGGUCUGAUGCCAACGGUGGUGCCGCCGGGGGGCGACGUGAUCCGUGGGGUGCCUGUGCCUGAGGGCACCGAGAUUGGCUGGUCUGCAUUCGGCGUGCAGCACAACAAGGAGGUGUAUGGCGUGGACGCGGAGACCUUUCGGCCGGAGCGCUGGCUUGACAUCAAGGAUGAGGAGCAGCUGCGCGCCAUGAUCAGCACCUGGGAGCUCGUCUUCAAGUACGGCAAGUGGCAGUGCCUCGGCAGGUCGGUGGCCUUGAUGGAGCUGAACAAGGUUUUUGUCGAGAUCCUCCGGAGGUACGACUUCGGCCUCCUCAACCCGCCCUCCCCGUGGAACUCGUUCAGUGCUGGUAUCUUCAUCCAGUCAGAGCUCUGGGUGAAGGUGACGCGCGUAUAAGGUGUCCAUGCAGUGUAGUUAUGUGCAAAUAAAGGGGCUGGCUGAGCGGCUGAGGCGCGCAGGUCUUAGCUGAGCAGAGCGUGUGCGUGGGAGAAUGGAGCUGGCGUCAGCACAUUUUCGCCUUGUUUUUUCUCCUUCACCCUUGCAUUCCAUUUCCGGUGGCCCAACCACCCAAGUCGAGCUGCCAAUGGUGUUGAUCCGGGGGUAGCGUAGGAGUCUCUUUGUUCCUUUUCCUUCUUUAGCAUACCCUCUUGGCUGCAUGAGCGAUCUUUUCUCUCUCUUCUUAAUCUCAUUCUUUUCUUUUUCUUGUCUAUUCCCCGAUCUUAUUGCCCCCAUCCCUCGAUAGCCCUCCUGCAGGCGUGGGCCCAUUUCUCGGGUGGGUGUGAGAGUUCUCUGCAGGCUUAGCUGGAAGGGGGGUUAUAGUACUGCCACCUAUGGGACCACAUGAUUACUAUUGAUGAGGUUGCCAAUCCAAUUGAGGAAGAAAGUUUCGAC